AUGUUGCAGUGCUUGGCGAACUGCAGAGACUUAUCUGUCAUUGGCACUUCGUGGUCUGUUCGCGAUCUAAAAUCUGCUUUGGGUGGGCAAGCAAAAAUUUAUUUGAGGCCCAUACAGAAAAAUCUCAGCACCAGAUCUCAAGAGCCUAAACUAAGUGAGUCUUUGUUGAAGGAGAAAUGCCGCUGGUGCCAGAAACCAUUUCUUUUCAGCGAGCUGAGGGAACAUUCCUCACAUUGCACAGGAAAUUUCUUUGGUGACAGUGACGAUGAUGCCACAGACCUCCCAGCUGUCAUGAGUGGAAGGCCUGACUCCAGCAACAAUAGCACUGAGUCUUCAUUGAAUGUUCCAAUUUCUGUUGCAGCACAACAGCCUGCGAAUGUACAUAGAGCGUCCAGUCUGCAGGUUUCUCAAGCUACAUCCUUGCAGUCUCCUUUACAGUCAAAUGGCACUCGAUAUUCAUCGAAUGUUCCAGGUUUUGUUGCAGCACAGGCGUCUGUAGAUUUACAUACAGCAUCCAGUCCAAAAUAUUCUCAAACAACCCAGCAGCUUCCUUUACAUCAAGAUUCCAUGGUAGCUGCAACUCAGCCUGCCAAUUAUGUCACUUCCCCAAGUAUUCAAGCUACCACCCAGCAGCUGGGAGGAGAGGCAGUUGAUGAUGCCAGGAGGAGUAUUUCAAAUCUUGAGGAUAUUUUAGAGCAAGUUGCUAUCAAAUGUGCAGACAGUGGGAAUCCUGUUCAGAUGCUUCAGUGUUUACAGGACUCUGUUGUUGUUGGAAGGGCUUUGGAAAUUGUAAAUGUUUCAGAAAGUUUGGAGGGAGAUGUCAACUAUAUUCUUGUCAACAGGUACAAUCUGCUGGAAACAGCCUUUGAUGAAAUUCAACUGAUUGAGAAUCCUCGACUAACUUUACAAGUUCAGUUCUGUGGUGAGGUAAGUAACUCACAGCGACUUUUUUAGCACAUAAUUAAGCAGUAGACCACGCUUUCUGUGGGUUUACCAGUGUGAUAACCCACACAGGAUGUUGGGAGAAAACGAGAAAAGCUUGUAAAUCACAACCCAAAGGUGAGUGAUUUACAAGCUUUUCGAAAGGAAAAGAGCUGUUCAAACUGGUUAAGCCAUAUUCGAUCUUUCUCUUACAUGUUGAUUUUCAAAAAACUUGAUACUACAAACUCAAAGUUGACCAUCUCUCCUUUUGCCCUUGUAGCUCAUUUUGUUGUUUUUGUUUUGUUUAUUGUGUGCUACUGAUAAAUUAAACAGAAGGCUGUUAUUUUGAUGGAUCCCUGGUUAAAUAAUUGCAUAGUCUACAUUUCUAACAUAAUACUUAGUACCAAAGAUUUCUUUUGCAGUGAUUUCCUUAGAACUGAUAGAGGGUUGGUAUUCUUUUUAGAUUGCAGAGGACCUUGGCGGUCCAAGAAAAGAGUUCUUUGGCCUCAUAUUACAUGAGAUAAAAGAGAAAUAUUUUGAUCAUGGCCUCCGGUGGGACUUUGAGAAAGACUACGAGACUGUGGGACUUAUAAUGGGUAAGUAACAGUUAAUUUGCCUGAUCAUUUGUGAAACAUUUCACAUAAAAAAACUUCUUCUGUUUACCUUACUGGUCUGUUUUUUUUCAAAGAUAGCUUAAGAAGUGGAAAAGAAUUGGUUCUUUUUUCAACUUUAAUAAAUAAACAGCAGUCAACAGAUUUACUAGUCAUUUGUCUCGAGUAAAAAAUGAAGGGGUGUCUAGGAAUAAAGAGUAAAGUGACUUCUGAUCAAUAGCUGCAUUCUCCUUCCAUCCUCUUUAUAUCAUUCUCCUUCUAUUAAUUUAUCACAUAAAUGCUUUAAUAGAAGGCCUUCUUCCAAAUGUAAACCAUUACUAAAUUAAUUUUUCCACUUCCAUUUAUGGAAAGUCACAUGUUAGCUUUUUGAUGGUAAUCUUUUAUGUCACACUUGAUCGCAACAGGAAUGAGCAUCCUUCAAAAUGGAAAAAUUCCAAGAUUUUUGACGGAGGAAGUUCUCCAGGAGACCUUCUCAAGUGCAGCACCAUCCCCUUGUAUUGCUUAUUUGAGGAAAGGACUGUCCCAAUUGGGAAUAUACCAGGUAGAGAAAAAAAAAAUUUAUUUAUUUAGUAUAUGAAAUUACUAAAUUUGUAUACAAAAUACUAAACAAGGGGAAAGAACUUCAGUUACCUUGAGUCAUUAUCUUAUAAAGUAGCUAAAAUGUUUGUGUAUAUCUCAAUUAGUAUGGAUGAAUUCAUGAUUCUUGGUAGAUUAUUACAGAAUUGAGCCAGGAAAAGGUGAUGUUGCUGAGUGUUUUGAAAAUAACUUACUGUUAUCAGGGAUAAAGUGUUAAGUAUAACUUUUACCUACAGGCACUGUGCAAUCAUCUUUGUUUUGUGGCUGGUCAGGGAAAUUUUAGCAGUCAUGGAAACUGGUGAUAAUUUAACCUUUUACAGAUUUUGGUUAUUGUUGUUGUUGGGGAAUUAUUGCUAUGAUUUUCAUUGAUCAGCAACCUAAGACAAAAAAAUGGACUGACCUUACCAUAUUACAAUUUUUCUAUUUUGUAGCUUGGAAGUCGUAUGCCCACAUUUCUUCACCUGUUCCGGCCAAACCCAGUUAGCAUACUCACCUCAAGGAAACUAACAAUGUUGUUGACACCGUCACUUUCUCCAGAGGGAUCAAACAGAAAAAAAUUUGAAACUGAAGUCUAUUCAUUAUUUGUUAAAUAUCUCAGGGAAGCAGCAAGUAAGUCUGACAACUACCCAAACAGCUAUUUCAAGAAAAGCUGUUGGAAAAUAUAUACUUAACACGCAACAAUCCCAAAAGGUAAUAGGAACAUACUGGGUACUUAUACACUGUUCCUGAUCAUGAUGAGACUAACUGUGGAACCUACUUUUGUUGUCCUCCUUUUGCACUCACUCACAGACAUAUAGCCACGGCCUGUUAUCCUGCCAUCCAUUUAAAUUUCUUCAAAAAAACAGCGAUAGACUCAAAACCACCCACAAUACCUUUCAGGGUUGUUGCGUGCACUUUUUUCAACAACCUUUCUCAAAAUAGCUGUAUACCACAUGCAGUCAGUUUAGAGUUACAUUAAUAUUGGCAACCUACACAAUAUUACCAAGAAUGAUUUUUCAGCAAUGGCAGUUCAUACCCAGCUUGUUUCCUCUGGAACACUCUUGUAAUGUUUAUGAGAUUUUGUGAUCUUUUUAGUAACUCAUACAAUGCACAUGAAAAUAUAAGUUACCAGCUACCCAAAACCCAGUUCCUCUAUUUAAAUGGCCAGAUACAUGCUUUUAUACCUUCUGCACGCAACUACCAUUUGUCCCUGAUGGUGGUGUUCUCCUUGGAUGGAACAGUGUACUAAAACGGUUUUCACAUACUUGCCUGAUCUUUGUUCUUUAGCAUUGUUCCAUAAUGCCUACCAGCAACAAUGUGUUGUUCAUUGCAGGUGGGAGAAGAGGAAGAGUGAGCCUUGGUCAUGUGCUGAGGUUCAUAACAGGCACAGAUGAAGAGCCAAUCUUAGGCUUCAAGAUGCAACCUUCAAUAGAGUUUUGUGAGAACUCAAUCUUUUUUCCAACAUCCAACACUUGCAUAAAUAGUUUGAAGCUCGUACGUGGAUCUCUGAUCCCACCUCUCCCCAGUGAAGCAGAGCUUUUUCAGACAUUUGAUGUUGCCUUUGGGUGUGCCUAUUUUGGAAGUGUUUAG